AUGUUACUCAGCAGACUGGUGAAUAUUCUCCUCUCCGGGUCUCUGACUUUGAAUCUCAGUCUAGCACCCUCCAAGUACUUCUCGCACCUGCCAGGCGUUGGCUUUCAGGAGUCUGUCUUCAACCCGCAUCAUCACAGGACAACAAUGGGUUCCUACAGGGUUGCGAGCAACAACGAGUUCUUGGUGACCACCGGAAUUGGCAUCAAGGACGUCCGCGUGUCCAAGAAGGGAUGGGUCUUUUUUGGGCAGAAGAGCCGCAUCUUCGACGUCACUCCACGGAACUACACCCUAGAGCUCCACGCCAUGACUCGGGAGAAGUUGGAGUUCCUUCUUCCCGCCGUCUUCACAAUCGGGCCAAAGCUGGAGCCCCAAGCGCUCCACUUGUACGCUCAGCUCUUGGCGGGGAGACCCGACGAAGUGAACCACAUCACCGAGCUCGUCAAGGGCAUGAUUGAAGGAGAGACACGUGUCCUCGCGGCGAACAUGGGCAUGGAGGAGAUCUUCAACGCGCGCAAGGGCUUCCAGACGCAUGUUGUGGAGGGAGUGCAAAAGGAGCUCGACCAGUUCGGGCUGUUCAUCUACAACGCCAACAUCAAGGAGCUGAAGGACACCGCCGGCUCCGAGUACUUCCGGUACAUGCGGAUGAAGACGCACGAGGACGCCAUCAACAAGGGCAAGGUUGACGUGGCAAACGCGCGGUACUACGGUGACGUCGGCGAGAAGGGCAAGGUCGCGGCGACGCGGCGCGAGACGAAGCAGAUUGAGGCGGAGACGGUGGUCUACGAGAAGACCAGGGAGGGAGAGCAGCGGCAGGCCGUGCAAAAGGUAGAGGCGGAGACGAUCGUGUACGAGAAGCUGCGCCAGCAGGACAUCGCGCAGGCGGACGCUGCGCUGCAGGUGAAGCAGGCGACGUUCCAGCAGAGCGUGCAGAUCGCGCAGACGGAGGCGCGGAAGGCGGCCGAGAUGCGCCAGAUGGAGCUCGACAAACAGGUGGAAGAGAAGCGGCUGCUCGCGGAGACUGAGCGGCAGCGCGCGACCCUGGUGUCCAAGGCGGCCGCCGAGGCGGAGUCACAGAGGAAGCAAGCCGACGCACUGCUGUACACGAUGCAAAAAGAAGCGGAGGCGGCGCAGUACAAGACGCUGAAGCAGGCGGAAGGGCAGCUGGUCGCCGCGCAGAACCAGGCCAAGGGCGCGCUCGCGCUCGCGGAGGCGCAGGCGGAGGGCAUCCAAAAGGUGCUCGCGGCGUUUGGGGGCGACACGAACGCCGCGCUGCAGUACAUCAUGGUGGAGCGCGGCCUGUACGGGGAGCUCGCGCGCGCCAACGCGGAGGCCGUCCAGGGGCUGAACCCCAAGAUCACGGUCUGGAACACCGGGUCCGAGACCGGUCCCGACGGGCAGCCCACAACGGGUUCCAACCCGCUGCGCAACAUCUUUCAGUCGCUGCCCCCGCUCUUCGCCACGAUCCAAGACCAGACUGGCAUCGUCCCCCCGGCCUGGUUGGCUAAGAUGCCGGCACAAGAAAACGUCAAUCACUAAACGUCAACCACUAAACGUCAAAUAGUGAAUUUCAACCACUAACGUCAGCCACUGAGAGUCGUCGGGGCUUGUUAGAUUGACGGAAAGAAGCUAAGGCCUGCGGGCAAAGGGCUUCCGGCUUCCCCGAACCCAAAUGUACCCAAAAAAAAAAAACCAGACAGAAGCUGGAAGAGGCCUGUAAAGCAACGGAACAGCAGCAGACAUGAGUUGAUUAGAUGUAGAGCCGGGCGCACCCUCCGAGUCUAAUGCCGCGUACAUAGUCAACGGUUUGCAGUCCAGGAAUCGUUGCUGAGGAUUGUAGAUACUUGACCAUCCACAUGCGAUAAAUGCAAAUGAAGUCUAGCCCCAGCUUAAGGCUGGCCAAAGCCCAAUCAGAUCAUGAUUCUCGCCAGCACAAAUAGAUAGGAACCGUGUAAUCCACUUAAGAGCACUACUGUUCUCAUUCAGAGUUGUUGUCAAUGUGACUGAGUACGCAAUUAAACAUGGACGUUUGGUAUCAUCCCUUGCUUAGAUUCUCCGCCACUGAAAGUGCAUCUGGUGGAAGACCUUCGCCUUGUAUCACUUUUUUAGCAUCACCUGGUUGUCCGAGAGCAG